GGUUGCAGAUUAUGACCUGCAUGAUCAGUGCAUGAAGUUUUAUGCUCCAUCUGCAGGAUUCUUUCACGAGCCGGAUGACCUGAGUAAAGACGUCCUUGAAGAUCAGAUUAAGAAACAAGUGGAAUACUAUUUUAGCGAGGAGAACUUGACAGACGAUAUCUUCAUGAGGAGGAAUAUGUCCAAAGAUGGUUAUAUACCUGCGUCCCUCAUUGCCUCAUUUAAUCGGAUGCAACAGCUAACUCAAAAUGUGAAGUUCAUUGUUGAUGCUUGCAAGACUUCAAAGGAACUUGAAGUUAAAAAUGAUAUCUGGGUGAGUGAUCGAUCUGCUUUAAUCUCAACACAUUUUUCACAUGUUCAUAAAUUCAUUUAGUAACUGGGUUUCUUAUGCUUGACAUUUUUAUCAAAUUUUCUACAAUGGCUCUCAUCUUUCGUCCACAGCUACGGGCAAGACGUGAUCCAGCUAGAUGGCCAG